AUGGCACAGAACGUUAUUUUGAAAUCAUCUGAUGGAAAGCUCUUCACCCUCACUGAGGAAGCUGCCAAACAAUCAAAGCAAGUUGAGAACAUGAUGAAAGAGAGAGCCAAUGCCGAGGAAGCCAUUCCAUUGUUGAAAGUUGAAGGUGCUGUCCUUGAGAAGGUUGUUGAAUGGUUGAACUUCCACAACGAGCAUCCAUUGAUGUACCCAGACUUUGUCAUUGGUGACAGAGACAAAAAUGCUGAUCUCCACCCAUGGGAUGUCAAAUUCUGUGAGUCACUUGAGAAGGAUAUGCUCUUCGAAAUGUUGAAGGCUGCUACCUUCAUGAACAUUGAUAUGCUUGUCGAGGCUACUGCUAAGACUAUUGCUAAAAACUUGGUUGGAAAGACCGUCGAACAGAUGAGAGCUUACCUCAACGAAGAGAAUGAUUACACUCCAGAAGAAAUCGAGGAGCUCAAGAAGAAGUAUGCAGACUAA